GAACCGGAAGUGAAAGUUAGAUCCGAGCUGUUCCAUCGGCGGAGUAAAGAUGGCUGAGCAAGGCGCCGCAGAUCUUGGUAACAACAAUAAUAAUAAACCCGAAGCCUCCGAGGGGACGAUUAUCAAGGUCACAGUGAAAACACCCAAGGACAAGGAAGAGAUCGCCAUCGCAGAGGACGCUUCUGUCACUCAGUUUAAAGAGGAGAUCUCGAAGCGGUUCAAAGCCAAACAAGACCAGUUGGUUUUGAUUUUUGCAGGGAAGAUCUUGAAGGACGGUGACAGUCUCAGCCAGCAUGGCAUCAAAGAUGGCCUGACAGUUCACCUGGUCAUUAAAACAGCGCACAAGGCAGCAGAUGGCGGUAGCACCUCAGCCUCUAGUUCAACCUCCAACCAGGGAGGCAAUAGCACCACCUCUAGUCCAGCUGCCAACCCUGCCCCCACAACAGUCCCCACCGGGUCUGGCCACACACCCACACAGACGCCCAACAUAAUGAGUGGCUUCGGAGACCUGGCCAGUCUAGCUGGUCUGGGCAUGGGCUCUGCUAACUUCAUGGAGCUGCAGCAGCAGAUGCAGCGGCAGCUCAUGUCCAACCCGGAGAUGCUCUCCCAGAUCAUGGAGAACCCGUUGGUGCAGAACAUGAUGUCCAACCCCGACUUGAUGAGGCAGAUGAUCAUGGCCAACCCACAGAUGCAGCAGCUGAUGGAACGCAACCCUGAGAUUUCCCACAUGCUCAAUAACCCUGAACUCAUGAGACAGACCAUGGAGCUCGCCAGGAACCCAGCCAUGAUGCAGGAAAUGAUGCGAAACCAGGACCGCGCCCUGAGCAACCUGGAGAGCAUUCCAGGAGGUUACAAUGCCUUGAGGAGGAUGUACACAGACAUCCAGGAGCCCAUGUUCAGCGCAGCCAGAGAGCAGGUCUCUUUUGGAAACAACCCGUUCUCAGCUCUUGGUGGAAACUCUGACUCUGGCGCUCAGCCGUCGCGGACAGAGAACCGAGAGCCUCUGCCCAACCCAUGGGGGCCUCCGAAUUCUUCAAACCCCUCUGAGAGCGGAGGGGGAACCACAGGAAGCACUAGCACUUCGGGAGCCACCAACCCAAGUGUGUCCAACCCUCUUGGCGUCAAUCCUGGGAGUCUGGGAAAUGGCAUGUUCAACAGCCCCGGCAUGCAGAGUCUACUCCAACAGAUCUCCGAAAACCCUCAGCUGAUGCAGAACAUGCUGUCUGCGCCGUACAUGCGCAGCAUGAUGCAGUCACUGGCUCAAAACCCAGAGUUAGCCUCACAGGUAAUGAUGAAUAAUCCAUUAUUUGCUGGAAACCCACAGCUGCAGGAGCAGUUCAGAUCUCAGCUGCCCAUUUUUCUUCAGCAGAUGCAGAACCCUGAGGCGCUGUCAGUCAUGACCAAUCCCCGGGCCAUGCAAGCUCUAAUGCAGAUCCAGCAGGGCCUCCAGACGCUGCAGACAGAAGCCCCAGGCCUUAUGCCCAGUUUGAUGACAAGUGGAAUUCCAGGCGUGCCCACAGGAGGCGCCGUUCCCGCAGAGAACCCUGCCUCGUCUCCCAGCAGUGCUGCAACAAACCCUGCUCAGCAGCAGCUGAUGCAACAGAUGCUCCAGAUGUUUGCGGGAGGAGGUGGAAGUGGAGGAGGAAACGGAACGAGCCAAACCCCAGAGGUGCGGUUCCAGACCCAGCUAGACCAGCUGAACGCCAUGGGCUUCAUCAACCGCGAGGCCAACCUGCAGGCCCUCAUUGCUACUGGAGGAGACAUCAAUGCCGCUAUCGAGAGACUGCUGGGCUCACAGCCCUCGUAAAGACAUACAGUACAUAUUGACACGCUCAUAAACACGCAUUUAACACAUAACAAACCCAAAAUCAACUUCGAACCAACAGAAAUUUAUGUGUAUUGUCCCAAACCUUACAGAAGAAACUUGGGCAAGAACUGAAAGACCCUCAUUCUGCAUCUGUUCUAAGAUCAUUCCCUAUUUUCUUUUUCCCCCUUUACUACUUUCGUUCGGCACCAUCCAGCCAGCUUCACCCACAGAGUUCUGCUGUAGGGGUUGGACUGAACCGCUCUCUCCUCAAAGCGCGUACUGAUGUGAAGAGAAAGGGACUCCCGACCAGUUAUUGUUAUUUUUUUCCAACUUAUUGUUUCUUUCACGUAAAUCUGAAGUAGCGCUCCGUAGGCAAACAUUCACGUGAUCCAAAUGCCACCCGUGCGACGUGAACGGCAGUCGGCUCUGUAUCAUGCCUGGUUCCUGUCAGGCAGGUUGGUGGUUUCUAUAAGCUGUGAUCCUGAAAGCCAGCAGGGGAACAGACGCUCACAGAAGUUCCAACCGCCUUCCCUCCAUCCUUGUCCUCAACAUUUUCCACACAGCUGGUUUUUGCCCAACAGCUUUCACUAUUUAUUGCAAGCGCCUUCCACACUCUCACCCUUCCAAAAGUUAUAAUUCGUCACUACGGAUCAAAGUGCCCACAUGUAAUCGCAGUGUCUUUUAGGAAUUGUUUUUCCUCCUUCUGAGUCGCCGUUGCUUGUCCUGCUGUCCAACUCUGACCAGUGGGACCAUGGGUAGUAAAGAGCAGCCUCAGAUGGGAGACAUGACGUCCCACCUUUGCUGAAAUUCUCAUUCAAGACUGUAACCAUAAUCGUUUCUCUCACUCAGCAGCUUCCCUGAAGCACAGGCUGUUGCUGUUAUGAAUAUUAAUUUUACAAACCAUCUUUAAUUUCAUUUAAAUCGGAUCGUUCAUCGUCUUAUCUCUUCCUGUUUGAGGUGCAGUUAGUACCUAGAUAUGAAGCUGAUUUAUUUUCCAUUAAUUACAUGUGGAAAUCAACUGAGUCAAAGUAUGACAUAAUGGAAAGGGUGUAAAAAAACAAAAAAAAACAGUGAUGGCAUCAUACUUUGCUCCAAUCAUAAAGUCUAGGUUGUAUUAUUAUUAUUAUUAUUAUUAUUUUUUUUAAAUUCUCAGCAUUUGUAGAUGUGAUGAACUUGGCAACUGCUUCAGUAGCUCUGCUCUGUCUGUUGACCUCAGCUGAAUUAAAAUAAAGAAAUCCAUCUCCCAGUUGAAAAUGUCGGAACUAACUUUUAACAGUACUGUACUAAAAAAGAAGUAAUAAAUCAUGGUCAAAAACCAUUAUUCCCUGUCUCAUUUUGAUUAGUGUGGUGAUGGGCCAGGAAUUUUAAAGGUCCCACAAUGUUCUGUUUUGUUUUAAUGGGAAGUGUGAAAUAAAAGAUUACAUUUGC